AUGGUUAACAUAAAAGCAAUUCGAGUUUCCAACGCUGCUCUGAAAGACUCCAAGUAUGGAUCCGAUCUCGUUGGUGUAUUUGUAGGCGCAACAAGCGGCAUUGGAAUGGGAACAUUGAAGCAAUUCGCAAAGCUCACCAAAUCACCUAAAGCAUAUAUUGCAGUACGCUCUAUACAAGCGGCAACACCAUUGCUGAGAGAACUUGAAGCGUCAAAUCCAGAUGGCACUUUUAUCUUACACCAGACCGAGAUCUCUCUUAUGAAGAAUGUUGAUACAAUGUGUGACGAAAUCAAAGCAAAAGAGGAGAAAGUCGAUAUCGUCUUUGUCUCGCCGGGAUAUUUAUCGUUUGACGACAGAAAUGACUCCAUUGAAGGGAUUGACAUUCCCCACGCUCUACGUUAUUACACUCGUUUUCGCUUCAUCCACGAUUUACUUCCCUUGCUGAAGAAGUCAUCCAAUCCACGAGUCAUCUCCAUCCUCGCCGGUGGUCAAGAAUCGCCUAUCGACCUCACAGAUCUCGAGAUGCGUAAAGACUUCUCUAUGAUGAAGGCCGCCAAGAACGGAACGACACAGACAACCCUCGCUUUCGAAGAAUUAGCAAAGCAAAAUCCAACCAUCUCUUUCAUCCACAAAUAUCCCGGAUUCGUCAACACUGGUGUGGUUGCAAGACUAAUGGAUACCACCGCGGGAGUCCUCUGGGUCCCGGCUCAGCUGUUUAAAUACACCAUCUUACCGCUGAUAAAUGUGUUUUUGUCGAUGAGUGUUGAGGAGGCUGGGGAGAGAGGAUUGUUCCUUGCUACUAGUGCUAUGUUUCCGUCAACCAGGGGUGGUGGUAUUGGGGUACCUCUACCGACGGGGUUGAGUGUCGCUAAAGACAGUGGAGAUGGAAAUGGAGUUUAUCUGUUGGGUGCUACGGAUGAUGUUCAGCCCAUUACACCUGCUUUGAGGGCAUUGAGAGAAGCACGUGGGCCUGCAAUUGUUUGGGAAAGUACCUUGGGCAUAUGGGAGAGGGCGCUUGGAAGAUCGUAA